GCAGGGAGGGGACGACACGGCGGCACAGGACGGGUCUGCGGUACCCAGAAAACUUCGGCAACAGUGACAGGAGCGAGCACCUUGAUUUAUUAGCUACGUUUCUUACACUGUCGUGCUAAGAGGUGAUGCUGGGGGUGGCAGGAAUGACGGGCAGCAUUGCUAAUGCCCUGGCCAACGCAGCCUGUGAGAGAUGCAAGAGUGGCUUUGCUGCGACCGAGAAGAUAGUCAAUAGUAAUGGAGAACUGUACCAUGAGCAUUGCUUUGUGUGUGCCCAGUGUUUCCAGCAGUUUCCAGAGGGACUUUUCUAUGAGUUUGAAGGCAGAAAAUAUUGUGAACAUGACUUCCAGAUGCUCUUUGCUCCUUGCUGUCACCAGUGUGGAGAGUUCAUCAUCGGUCGUGUCAUUAAGGCCAUGAACAAUAGUUGGCACCCUGACUGCUUUUGCUGUGACAUUUGCCAGGCUGUGCUUGCAGAUGUGGGGUUUGUCAAAAACGCUGGCAGGCACCUGUGUCGCCCAUGCCACAACCGUGAGAAAGCCCGUGGCCUGGGCAAGUAUAUCUGCCAGAAGUGCCAUGCCAUCAUUGAAGAGCAACCACUAAUCUUUAAGAAUGAUCCCUAUCACCCAGACCACUUCAACUGCAGCAACUGUGGGAAAGAAUUGACGGCUGAAGCCAGGGAACUGAAGGGAGAGCUUUUCUGUUUGCCCUGUCACGACAAGAUGGGUGUACCAAUCUGUGGUGCCUGCAGGAGACCUAUCGAAGGGCGUGUUGUCAAUGCAAUGGGCAAGCAGUGGCAUGUGGAGCAUUUUGUGUGUGCCAAGUGCGAGAAGCCAUUCCUUGGUCAUCGCCAUUAUGAGAGGAAGGGGCUGGCUUACUGUGAGACUCAUUAUAACCAGCUCUUCGGUGAUGUGUGCUAUCACUGCAACCGUGUGAUUGAAGGCGAUGUUGUGUCUGCACUGAACAAGGCCUGGUGUGUCACUUGUUUCUCGUGCUCCACCUGCAACACUAAACUCACUCUGAAGAACAAGUUUGUUGAGUUUGACAUGAAGCCUGUUUGUAAAAAGUGUUAUGAGAAGUUUCCUCUUGAGCUCAAGAAAAGGCUCAAGAAGCUGGCAGAGUCUUUGGGACGCAAGUGAGCUGCUUCAGGACAAACAACCUGGAAGUAUUCCUGCUAUGUCUGUGAUGGUAAAACUCCCAGGGAACUGCUGCAUUACAACAUAAGAGGCUGGUGUUACACCAGUACAUCAAUAUAAAAAAUGUAAGUCUGGGAUCCCUUUAAAACAAAUAUAAAUAUAUACCACUGUGUCUUGUGAUAAACAUAAACUGUUAGCUGAUUUUUUUUUUCCCCUUGCUGUUGUUUUUUUUUAUAUAUAUAUAUGCAAAUGUCUUUUUUAAAUACAUUCCUAAAAGGUCCUAAUUAGUUUUCUCUCCAAUUCAAGACAUGUGAGAUUCCAGUUGAUUAUGCUUUACCAUGACUGUAAUAGUUAUGUGUGAAACUUGAAUUUGAAAAAGAUUGAUUGUUGGCAUUAUUUUUAAUUACACCUGUGCCUUGAGAAUAUGAACUAUGUGUAUUAAAAUAAUACAGUUAUGCCUUAGUUAUCUAUCUUAAUAAGACAGAGUAUCUACUGAAAGCAGAAUUUUAUUAAACUUUUCACCUUGAGCUUUCAUACCUCAGUAUGAGCAAUUAUAAAGCAACCACUGUGUUCUUAAGGGUAUUGUAAUGGUGCCUCUUUCGGAGAAUGGGAUGAAAAAAAAACAUGUCUCAAGGAGAACGUAAAAUGAGCCAGUAUUGUGAGCAUCUACAAACUGUUAUGUGUUAAUUAAACUAUACUUGGAUGUACAGUGACGCAUGUUAGAAGUAUCUAUAUAACUAAGUUCUGGUGCCUACUGAUCAGCCUUACAGGACAGAUUAAAUUCCACAGGUAAUUAUUUUAUCUAAAGAACUGCUGCGUGACUACAGCUGGGCCACUGGUUAGGCAGAAACUGUGACAUUAGAGACGGUACUAUGUUUAAGUGACUGUAAAAUCCUGGUCUUAUCUUUUAAAAUAGUCUGUUGGUGUAAAGGUGUUUGGUAUGCUUUCUGUGUAUAUGGUACUGUAAUAUUACUGCUUGUACUAUAAAUGCCUGGGGUUUGCUAGUCUGAUAUUUUCAGCCAAAUUAACAUUUGCAUCUUUCUGAGGAAAAACAGUUCAAAAGGAAUCUGGAUUAAACGAACCUUCCUCUGAUUAUUUAACAGUAAAAACGCUUUGAUGGUAAAAGUAUUGCUAAUGAGUCAGCGCAUUGCUUGGGUUAUUUGUAAACUGGCGAAUGUGUUUAGAAAAAAAAAAAGUGCCUGACACAAGAAAAGAUAUAUAUUUGUUUUGAUGAGCAUUUUAUUAUGGAAUACUUUUGCAUAUACAUUUAUUUUGUCAGUUUACAUUUUAUUGAAUUGCAUGAACUGGAGAAUGACAGUUUACUGCAACACAUACACUGUUUAGCUCCCUGCUUGAAUGAUCAAUAAAAUAUUCCUGAACCCAU